CUACCCCUUAAACGAAAUUAUCUCCCAACUCAAAGAAACAACUCCACCCGUGGCAGUUUCGUAAUUUCGUUUACUUGAAAUAUUAACAAACAACAACAAAAAAAACCAUGGAUAGCCAAUCCUUAAAGAAGCGAUUCCGAGAUGACUCGGCCGCCUCGGACCUCGACUCGGUCGAGGUGAAGAAACUCAGAGAAGACCUUCUCGGUUUCCUUGACGACUCCGACCCUGACCCUUCGACUCAAGACCUCGCCUCCGUUAUGAAAAGCUUGGAGGAAGAGAUUUCCGCACCUUCUUGUUCCGCCAACCCGGCUCCGGCGCCGGUUGUCGAUCUGACGUCAGAAUCUGGGGAGUCUCAGCCGGAUCUCGGUUACCUUUUAGAAGCCUCCGACGAUGAGCUUGGUUUACCGCCUUCUAAUUCUAACGAGGAAGUAUUGAAAGAAGAGACUGAGUUGAACCGAGUCGCGUCGGAUUCCUCUGGAAUCGGUGAGUUUUGGGGUUUUGACGACCAGGUUCCGAGUUAUGGUUCGUUCGGGUUUGGAACCGGAGACAACUUUAACGAAAGUAACGAGUACUUGCCCUUUGAUGGGCUUUUUGGGUAUUCCGAUGUUUACUUUGAUUCGUCUGAUUUCUCCGAUUUGUCAUGGCGGUCGGAAACCAUGCCGGCUCAAUAGCACAUGAUUAAAAAGAAAAGGAAAAAGGACAACGUUUGUGUGUUCUUUUUUUUGGUCGGACGGAACAUGAAACGACGCCGAUUUGUAAAUUUUUUUUAGAAAUAUAUUUUAAAGACAUGGAAAAGAAAAACCAGACAUGUAGGGAUUAGAAUGAUAUUAAAAUAUGGCUUAACACGUGAGAAGUUCUGUUC